AUGGCAGGACAGCAGCAGCCUCCUUACCUGCACUUGGCCGAGGUGACGGCGUCCCAGUUCCUGGACAUUUGGAAGCACUUUGAUGCUGACGGAAAUGGAUACAUUGAAGGAAAAGAACUAGAAAAUUUCUUCCAAGAAUUGGAAAAGGCAAGAAAAGGAGCUGGCAUGGACUCAAAGACUGGCAACUUUGGGGAGAAGAUGAAGGAGUUCAUGCAGAAGUAUGACAAGAACUCAGAUGGAAAAAUUGAGAUGGCAGAGCUGGCUCAGAUCCUGCCUACAGAGGAAAACUUCCUGCUAUGCUUCAGGCAACAUGUGGGCUCCAGUGCAGAAUUCAUGGAGGCUUGGCGGAAAUAUGACACUGACAGAAGUGGCUACAUCGAAGCCAAUGAACUCAAGGGAUUCCUGUCAGAUCUGCUGAAGAAAGCUAACCGGCCCUAUGAUGAGCCCAAGCUCCAAGAGUAUACACAGACCAUACUGCGUAUGUUUGACUUAAAUGGAGAUGGUAAAUUGGGCCUCUCAGAGAUGUCCCGACUGUUGCCUGUACAGGAAAAUUUUCUCCUUAAAUUUCAGGGCAUGAAGCUGACUUCAGAAGAGUUCAAUGCGAUCUUCACAUUUUAUGACAAGGACGGGAGUGGCUACAUUGACGAGAAUGAACUGGACGCCCUUCUGAAGGAUCUGUAUGAGAAAAACAAGAAGGAAAUGAAUAUCCAGAACCUCACAAGCUACAGAAAGAGUGUUAUGUCUUUGGCUGAAGCUGGGAAGCUCUACCGCAAGGACCUGGAGAUUGUGCUCUGUAGUGAGCCCCCCAUGUAA